UUCGGCAGGUAAAACUCUGGUUCAGCAAGUCUGACAUAAAAGAUUAUAUUUUCAUGUACGUAGGUCAACCUCAGCCAAUAAUUUGCUAUUACAUACGAUAUUAACUGUGAGAUGUGAUGGAAAAAAAUUUCCAUCGGGGACUUUCGGCGUUUGACCGUACUACAUUUACCGCUACCACCGGUCGAAAGUGCCGCUUUGAGCUUUCGGUUUUGUUGAGAAUGGGGAUUGACGGACUACUCUUCAUACUUUCUGUGAUUGAUGAAGGCGCAUUGCUGUUUUUAGUAGUGUAUUUUGUAAUAACUCUUUCAGAUUUAGAAUGUGACUAUUUAAAUGCAACAUCUUGUUGCUCAAAACUCAACAAGUUUGUGUUACCAGAGAUUAUAGCUCAGGGAUUCCUAACAGCACUUCUUUUACUCACCGGACACUGGAUCCUGUUCCUCAUUUAUUCUCCGUGUACAGUAUGGAUAAUAUAUCAAUUUGCAACGAAGCCCUCUGGUAACAUAGGGUUAUAUGACCCGGCAGAAAUCCACAACCGACAUCAGCUCAAAACCUACAUGAGAGAUAAUAUGAUCAAAAUGGGUGUCCAUCUGAUAUUUUUCUUUAUCUUUUUAUACUGGAUGAUUUUCAGUCUGUUGAAGGAUGACACAACUAUGUUUGGAAUUCCUGCAGAGAAAGCCAAAUUGACAGAUGACCCUUAUGAACUUUAGAUGUAUUAAUUCUCUUUAUGAUAAGUUGGUGCACAUAUUUAGUAAUUUUUUAAAAUUAUUUUUCCCUCUUUGCAUAUUAAACAAUGAAUUUGCAUUUUGUUGCUAUAGUCCCAGAAAUUUAGUAAUGCUUUUUCAUAUAUCAUUGUGUGUUCAUUUUAAAAUUAUAAAAAGACAUACAUGGGUUGAGUAGAUUGUAGGACUUGCAACUGAUUUGGUGUUAUGCGAGUAAAAUGCGCUUGAACAAAUUUGUAAAUGGUCACAGUCUUCUUAUCUGUAUUCUAGAAUUUAGUUUUUUAAAAUCAAACAGAAUUGUAGUUCAGUUACAUUAUGCAAUAGCUUUUUUGUGUAUACAAUUUUUUUUUUUACAAUAUUGUAACAUUAUUUGCAAAUGAAGAGUUCCUCAAUACAUAUAAUUGUUACUAGUAACAUACAUGAACAUCUGUUUUAAUGUUUGCUCAUAUCAGAAUCGUAAUAAAAUUUUGCAAAGUUUA